AUGGAAAAGGGAGACACCGUUAUCAAUAUUGGGCCGGUGGACGUAACCCUGUCCUACCGCAAGGAAAUCAUGCCCGACCAGGGCCUGAUGGUGCAAGUGUACGGCGACAUUGACGGACACGACACCGAGAUCCUGCGGUUCGACUGCUUCGACCAGGACCCACACUACCACUACGGGCCGGAGAACAUGAACAUCCGGCUGCACAUGGACAAGACCACGGUCGGCACGCCGUUGGGCUGGACGCUGAAGAACAUCCGGACGAACCUGCCCUCGAUGGUACGCCGAGCCGGGUACGACGAUCUGGCGUCCGCUGUUGAGAUGAACGGCAUCGACGCGAACAAGAUGGACGAAGUGGAAGAGAUCGCGCUGGGCAAGGUCCGCGACGAGCGGCGCACUGUCACGCACUUCCGCGGCGACCACAUCUACGAAGCCGGCAACAUCCGUUUCGGCGUUGAGUACCGCGACAACAUCGGCGCGGCCAACGACCGCGGCGUGGCCAUCCACGUGCUGACCGAUCACCUGGGGCAGGAGUUCGAGCUGCUGGCCUUCGACUGCUUCGAGAUCGCGCCGCACUAUCACUACGGCCCGCGCAACCAGGACGUUCGGAUUUAUUGGGACGUGACCACCAGCGGCCACACGCUGGCCUGGACCCUCGACCAGUUCAAGGCCGGCAAUCUGGCCAGCAUGAUCGAGCGGGCGGGCUAUCCGACCGUCGCUUCCGGCUUGGACAACGACCUGGUGCAGGCCGUGGUCCCGGCGAUGGAAGAGAAGGCCUGGGCCCUGGUUGGCACCAACCAGCGGUAA